UUUGUGCUAUUGGUAGUUCAUACCAGAUUCUGAUCAGCUUGCAGGUUGAUAACUUCCCGAGCGGAAGCCUUCCUAACCAAUAGUAAGUGAGCCAUGCGACCCAGGUAACCAAUCAAGAGACAGACUCGUGACCAAGCGCACCAAUGAGAGCAAAGCACAAAAUUACACGUGGCCAAUGAGAGCACGCGCGCUGAUUCAGGUUCGGUCUUUUUCGUCAACCGUUCCUCUUCCAUGAAUUACUUGGGAAGUUUGCUAUUUGUUACAUGUGAAAUAAGAUUCGAUUUUUUUUGUUUCCUCUGCACAUCUCAAAAGUUUGUGGUAGGAUACGAAAGGAUUAUAUUGAAAAAGCGUUGCAUACGAAAAUCAUGCGCCCUUUUCCAAAGAGAUGUGAAACUGCUGACUCGAUGCUCCCGGUGAACGAUAGUUUUUGGAACCGUCGUGUGUCUGUAGGAAGUCUCGUGUCGGGUUUGCGGUGAGACGGAGGAGAAGCGGAGAAGCGUGACCGUCAUAGAGACACGAGACGCGGUGGGAGUUGGCCGUCCCGUCUGGCGACUCCCUCUUUUGAAGCUCUUACAGAUACCUACUCGCACUUUUGUUUGGUGUUCAGGACUUUUAAUGAAGAGCUGAUAUUUUCCCCAAAACAAAGGCAUCGUUACGCUUAUCAUCCGGUGCUUUGAAUACCAGUGAUGUACAGUAGUAGUGCAGAGAUACAGUGAAAAACACCUGUUCGUUCGCCGCCCACCUGUUAUUACGUUUCCACGCUAAUUGACUCUUUGGCUGGAUAGUGUCUGUGCAGUUGCACGAGACAGGUUGAUUGACGCCUUUGUAAACAGUGGACAGUAGCCUGUGAUUUCUCCGUGUGAAAUUGAAAGAAGAGUGUAUCAAAAAGAAGCGUGCAAGAUGGGUGUGCAACAACAACCUGCCCUUGUCAACAAACCCAAAACAACGAAGCCCAUGAGCGAAGCCAGGAAGAUUCGGAAACCGCUGAUGGAGCGCAAGCGACGAGAGCGCAUCAACACCUGUUUGAAUGAUUUGGCAGCGUUGCUGAUCGAUGCCAAGAUGGUCAAGACUGAGCCUGGAAAGCCGGCCAAACUGGAAAAAGCCGACAUCUUAGAGCUCACCGUCAAACACAUCAAGUCUUUCAAAGCGCCGGACGACAGCCCCCAGCAGCCGAAAGCCGAGGAAGAGAACAGAGCGAGCAGUUACAAGGACGGGUUCACCAAGUGUAUGGGCAUGGUCGACCAGACUCUGGGCAAAGCUGGUAAGGAGGCUUUGCGACAGCGCCUUUUGUCCCACCUGAAGAACUGCCUCAAGACACUGGAUCCACCCACGAAGGAACCCAACGCUGAUUCGCAUUCCUCCGUGACCGCAACGUCUGCAGAAAAAUUGGAGUCAGAUCUGGCGGAGUCCGAUGUCAGCGUCGCCUCGAGUGAUUCCGAAGCCGAGAGGGAAGAAGAAAAGAUUGAUUCGCAGUCGACGGAAACUAGCACCAAAGAAACAACCCCUCGUAUCACCCUGGUGCCCACACGCCUACCCUCAGGUGGCGUGGCAUUUGUUAUCCACGGGGGCAUUGAUCCCAGUCUGCUUUUGCCCAAAAAUGAUAACAGCGUCGAAAAAACUGAUGAGAAAUCGGUUUCUCCUCCGCCAUCUCCAGCGACUUGUGAUUCAUCUACUUCAUCAGGUGUGCCCCUUCUGCGGUCAGAUCACAUUCCAGCGCCGUCUCCCAGUUCGGCGACUCCACCUCCAUGUGCUUUUCCAGCAGUCACAACCUCUCACAUUCCAUCACCUCAACCCUCCGCUCAUCCUUCCUCCCACACACCGAGUUCUUCUUCAGUCGGGCAGUCAUCCACGGAAAAGCCCGUUCACCCUCAGUACCCAGUUGUUCACACCUAUCACGCCUCCUCUCCUUGCGUUCCCAGUGCAGUUUACCCAGAAUUUCAGUGUCCUUCAUCCACCCCUUACAGUACUCUAUGCCCAGCGACACCACCUGCGCCCACGUACUGCCCACCUGAUUCCCCAAAUCAGGAGGAUCCCUCCUCUACUAAUAGUCUUCAUAUGCCUGCUACAACCUCGUACCACACGCUCGAUUUCCAUUCACAACCACAAUCUAUUCCUCACCAUCCUGGUUUCCCACAUCAGCCCCACGAUCUCCCCACGCCCCCUCCCAGUAUUUCUCCACAAAAUAUUCACCAGGUGCACCAAUACCAUCAUCAUUACCAGCCAGUGUCGAGUGAGGAAGACAUGGACACGGACGGGCUGUCGGAGGUCGGGGAGGAGGAGGAGGUCGACAUUGAUGUCGAAAACGAUGUUCCGUAUGAUUUAAGCAUGAGAAGGAUUUGGCGGUUUUGGUGAUUUUGAUGACAGUUCUUCUGUAUUAUGAUAUUUAGGGUGGUCAGAAACAUCCAUCAUUUAUACGCUUAUUGCUCAUUAAGUUUCUACAGGAAAAGUAAUCCCAUUGCAUGAAAUCGAAUAUAGGCCUGUAUGUGAAUUCAUGGGUCAAGAAAUUAACGUAAAGCUAUGUCAGUAUUUUUUUAGAUACUUCGUACAUUAAAAAAAAAAAAGUAAACCACGAUACUCAGUUGGAUACUGUUUGGUUUUGAAAGCUUUUUGAAUUUUAUGUUUUGUUAAUAUUAGAGAAUUUAUCAAAUUUUGUUUCUUGUAAUCUGUCGUUCUUUCCUUUACAUCGUCCUUCUUUACCUUGAAGGUAUAUAUAAAUGGCUGUGAUAUUUAUUUUACUUUUGUAAUAAAUUUUAUACCAGU